AUGACUUUCUAUCUCGUCACCUUCUGCUGCGCCUUUGCCGCGCUGGGAUCAUUCCUGCUCGGCUAUGAUUCAGGCAUGAUCUCUUCUAGCAUCGAGCAGGAAGCUUUUCUGCGCCAAUUCGGAUCUCCAACUCUGUCUGAGGCCGCCACUGGCGUCAUUAUUUCCUCGUAUACCGGAGGCGCAAUUGUGGGCGCUGUCCUCGCCCCAUAUGUUUCAGAUUACUAUGGCCGCCAGAUGGUCCUCUUCAUUGGGGGCUUUCUCACCGUUCUGGGUGCUGGUCUCCAGGGAGGUGCGGUUAAUAUCGCGAUGCUUAUCGCUGGUCGAUGUAUCGCCGGUCUGGCAAUCGGGAAGAUGUCCGCCACUAUUCCCGUUUAUUGCAGCGAGGUUGCCCCGCCACAGAUUCGGGGGAUGCUAGCUAGUAUGCAACAAUGGAUGAUUGGAUUGGGGUUCGUGGUUGCUCAAUGGGUGGGAUAUGGGUGUUCUCUUCGAGGUGGGGCCUUUGCCUGGCGUUUCCCACUCUCCUUUUCAGUCGCCCCAGCGAUAAUUCUUACUUGUGGCGCCCCAUUCCUUCCCGAAUCGCCAAGAUGGCUUAUCGGAAAGGGCAGAGAAGACGAAGGCCGCUCGGUCCUUACCCGACUCCAUCUCAACCAAAGCGCAACCAAUCACCAACUACUUGAACAUGAGCUCUCCCAAAUUCAAGAUAGCCUAGCAUCCGCAAAGCAAUCCGCCAUACGAUCCUGGCGCCAACUUCUCUUCUCCUCACGCUGGCGAUCCAGGACCCUGCUAGCCUGUGGCUUGCAAGUAUUCACCCAGUGCUCAGGCACAAACGUAAUCCUUAACUACGGCCCGCCGCUCUUCAAAACGCUAGGCCUUACACCAUCAACAUCUCUCAUGAUAAUCGGGCUCUGGGCCGCGUUAGCGCUGUUCUGGAACACAGUCUUCAUGCUUUUCGUCGACAAAGUCGGGCGCCGCAAACUGCUUAUCCCGUCACUGCUCGGCAUGGGAGCAACCCUGUGUAUUGAAGCCACGCUCGCGCGGUACAUUGAUUUCAGCGAUCCCAACGCCAACCCUUAUGCUCUGCGAGCUGCCAUCGCCAUGUUCUUUGUCUUCUCGUUUUUCUUCACGGCUGUUGGCAUGAUCUCCUGGAUCUACCAGUGUGAGAUCUUCCCAACGCCCAUUCGAGCACGCGGCUCGUCCAUGGCGACCGCAACGAACUGGAGUGUUAGCCUUAUAUUUUUGCAGUGCUCGCCUAUCGCACUGACGAACCUCGGGUCCAAGUAUUUCUAUUGCUUUGCCGCGUUCAAUUGGGCAGCGAUGGUUGUUGUUUGGGCGUUUUAUCCUGAGACUGUUGCUCGUUCUCUUGAGGGAGUCGAGGAGGUGUUCACACAGUCUGCCGAUGAGCAGUCGGUGCGCUCUUUUGUUGUCGAGAGCACUCCAGUGGCUAUUGCACCACGCUCGCAGAUUCGGCGCAAGGGUCUACAUCCGCUGUCGAUGCAUCCUACUGAGGAUAGUGUCAGUAUCGAGAGUAGUCACAUUGGGACUAGGAUUGAGCUCGAAACCAAGAAGGUCUAA